AUGUCCCUACCUCCUCGCCCACCCAUCACCUCUUUCAAAAAGCUAAAACCUCCUAAUGUUUCACUUCUGUCUGAUGUUUUACGCAUGCGUAGAACUGUGCUGAAGCAUCUUGGGUCCAACAACAUUUCAACUAUCAAAGAUGGUAUAUUCACGAAGCUUUCCAAUUUAACGACAUUAACGCUUGACGGUAAUAAUAUUACCAUGAUUGAAAAAGGAAGCUUCCGUGAUCUUCACAGCUUACAGGAACUAGUUCUUUACAAAACAAUUUCGAGGAUUGAAAAAGGAAUGUUUCAAGGCCUUCACAGCUUACAGAAAUUAAAUUUGGACAACAACGCAAUGGAGAAAUAUGAAGAUGGCGCUUUCUUAUUCCUCCCUAGCAUAGUUAAAAUCUAUCUCCGACAUAAUAACCUUAUGCGGUGUGGAUGUCACUUGCCAGCCUUCGUAAAUCAUGUUAAAAAAGUCUAUAACAGAACUGUGAAUGUCUAUGGCACGUGUCUGGAAAGUUCAGAGGAACAAAUACCUAUACUGAAUUAUACGCAAUGUCAAAAUUACUCGUUAUUUCAAAGGAAUUUACAGUGUCAAACAUGUUCAGGAAUGAUGUGCAAUGAUUCAGAAGUGGAAAGCUGUCCAGGAUCAGAGCCAGUAUGCCGAUUGGCAUUAUCAACGAACGGUGUUAAACUGAAGACUGAAAAGUCUUGCAGCACAUACAGAAAAUGUGUUGAAGCUAUGAGAAACAAUACCCUUACAUGCAAUAAAUGGACCAAAAGCAGGUUUUGUGUUGGUUGUUGCGUCGGACACUUAUGUAACAAGAAUGAUUUCAUAGGCUGGACCAACUCCUUCGUAUUUCGUUUGAUUUUUAAAGAGUUCAACGAAUAUACAAUCCCUGCUGAAAGCGUAUCAAGAGCCAUGGAGCAUGAGUUAUUAACCGUAACCGGAACAUUCAGAGUUGAAUAUUGUGGAAAUGAAAUAUUUGCUAUUUACUGUACAGUGUUUAGCAAAAUGACUAAAAGUCAACUGCGGCGCAAUAUCUCCCAAGUUUUCAACAAAUCCCAGGAAUUGCGUAAUUUAGGAGUUCAACAAAGUCACAUGGAAUUCAUUGAUGAAAUGGUUUGUGAUGAAAGCACAACAUCAGCUUACAAUCGAACUUUCUAUUGGCCAAUGACAAAAAUAGGAACUACUGCAGAGAUCCCAUGUCAUGCACAUGUAGCAACAAGAUACUGUUCUCCCAAAACGGUGGGACAUCCAGAAAUGACAUCAAGUCAAAACAUGUCAUCACAAAACUGUUCACCGUUUACUGGUAUCUGGCAAGAGGCAAACAUGUCUCAAUGUUACAAUACAGAACAGAUCACUCAAGGACUAAAGGAUAUCGAAAGUGAAGACAUUGAUGAAGGAAACAUCAACAAUAUUUCGAAGGAGGUUUUAGACAUAUCACAGAAAUCAGAGUAUUUCAAAGAAGAAGAUGUUGAACUGGCUGUAGACAUUCAUGAGAAAAUGGUGCCAUUUAUAUCGAAAGUGUCGGCCAAUUUAACUUUGAACAACACUCUUCGUAGUAUCAACAAUUUGUUAACCAUAACAGAGGAGGUUCUAGCCGAGGCAGAACAAGAGAAUAGAAGUGCCAACAGAUUGCUGAACAUUAUAGAAGCAAUCCCAGAAAAGAUUCCGCUGGAAGAGCAGCAAGUCACAGCUAUAUAUUCUAAUCUUGCUAUUGGUGUUGCCAAAGUGAAUAGGGACACUUUCGAUGGUCUUUUCUAUGGUGUUUCAUACGGAACUAAUGAAACAGAAGGAAGCACAAUGGUACAAAACGUUCUCAUGAUUACUCUCUCUCGUUCGAAACAGCCAAAUUGA